CAUCACGCUAAAAUACUGUACCUAGCAGUUUCAGUUAGCAGUAUUUUGAUGUCAUUCAAUAAGAACACACCUACGUGAUAUUAUGUGAAUCAAAAAUCGUUUGAGGAGCACAAACCAAUUUACUAUUUAGUGUACAUUAUAUUAUAUAUAAUUAUUUAUUAUGGUUACACUUAUAUGCAAACUUACAUAAUGUCAUAAUACAAUCUAUAUUUAUUUUAUCUGUCGGAUUUUUCUUUACUAUCAAUAUUAAUCUCAUCCAAACAUGAUACGUAUUAUUUAUUAUUACAGAAAUAAAAUCUAUAAAUCCAGAUAAAUUCGUUUACCUAAUAUUUUAUAAAUCAUUUUAAGGAUUAAUAAAAGCUGUACGCCCGAUAUUCGUGGGCGGAUUAAGAAGCGAAGAAGGGCAAAAUGAAGUCUAUUUCGUUUGCCACCGUUGUUUUUUGUGCCUUAACAAUUGCACAGACUAGGUCUUCGGAAAUCCUGGUCAUAUUCCCGACGACCGCCCAGAGUCAUUACCGUGUCGUCCGACCACUAAUCCACAGCCUAUUGGACCGCGGGCACAAAAUAUUAGCGAUCACGAAUUUUCCGGAUGCUGUGGAAAGAGCCAAUUUAUCACACAUCGACAUUUCCGGGUUAAAACCACACUCGAAAUUCAAGACCAGCAACAAUGGAAUAAUUAAAUCACUAACGCGCGUAAUCAGAAACGCCAACACAUACGAGACUAUUCUCAAUCAUCCGACAGUUGCGAAACUCCUACGGUCCCGACAAAAAUUCGACUUGGUGAUUGCCGAAUUUUUUACACCUACACCAAUAUUUGCACCGAUCGCCACAGUUGUGGACGCACCGAUUGUUGGAUUUUGUCCAAUGAUUACAUUUCCGUGGAUAAACGAGGUGAUGGGAAUGGAGACGACCACGUCUUAUAUGCCUAGUAUCAUCAGUAACUCCACGGACCGUAUGUCAUUUUUCCAGCGAAUCUGUAAUACUGUGAGAUCGGUAAUCAUUGAAAUCGCGUUUAAUUGGAUGAACACCCCAGUAGUUCGGCAAAUUAAUAAAAACCAUUACGGGAUACAAACGGAAUCAGUAAUAAAAACGAUGGCUAACUUAAGCAUGAUUAUGACGAACAAUUAUCAUAGCAUGUUUUUACCCUUUCCCAAACCGCCCGGAAUCGUUGAGGUUGGUGGUAUUCAUGUAGUCGACGAAAAACCUGUUCCGCAAGACUUGAACGAUUUCAUAAAUGAUGCCGAACAUGGUGUGAUCUUAUUCAGUUUGGGCUCUGUCGUGUCGGAAGCAUCGUUGGGCGCUGAUAAACUGAAUAACAUACUCGAUGCAUUUUCGAAACUUAAACAAAGAGUCAUAAUGAAGUUUGAUGCUGACAAAUACAAAAUACAGUUACCAGUGAAUGUAAAAGUGGUCAAAUGGUUUCCACAGCGAGAUCUUUUAGCACACCCAAAGGUAUUACUAUUUAUAUCACAUGCUGGUAUGAUGAGCACAAUCGAAACAAUACACUGUGGUAAACCAAUGGUAGCUAUACCGAUAUUCGGCGAUCAAAUAUUUAAUACCAAUUUGUUGGUUGAAAAACAAGUUGCUGUCGCUAUAGAAUACAAACAUUUAGAGAGUGACCAGCUUUUCAGUGCUAUCAAUGAAGCAUUGACCGAGAAAUAUACGAUUAACAUGAAAAAACUGCAACAGUUAUAUAAUGAUCGACCACAUUCACCUCUCGAAACAGCUGUUUACUGGACCGAGUAUGUAAUGAGAAAUAAAAACGAAUCGAAAGAAUUGUUAAAAAGUCAAAAGGUUCACUUAAAUUUUUAUCAAUCGCAUUUAAUUGAUAUAUUCGCUGCUUUUCUCAUCCCACUUAUUAUGACAAUAUAUAUCAUACAAUGGACAACGAAACGUCUGAGGAAGCAUUAAGUGAAUUAUCACUCACUGAUUGUUGUAAGGGGGUGUGAUUGUUCCAUUUGUUCAUUUUUUAUAUACGAUUUCAAUUUUAUUUCAUAUCUGUUCUAGACUUCUUAUUAGUAUAUUUUAAAUGAAAAAUGCACUCAGAAAUUUGUUACAACUGUUAUAGAAUAUUAAUUUACUAAAUAAAAAAACGUAAUCACAUAAAAAUUCAGAAUUUUUCUUUUUGUUAUACAUGCCUAGUACAUUAUAUGACCAUUUAUAUUAAGCCUAUUUGGUUAGUUGAUAUUUGAACGGACUACAGAGUUUUGAAAUGGGUAUCGCCUUACUACCUUUCCACAUACCUACCUAUAUUUUGGUAAAUUGGUUGUUACUUUUUAUUAUUGUAUAGUGUACACCGAGGUCCGAGAACAAAAAACUUAUAAAUAAAUCAAAAUAUACGUGGGAAUAUGCAAUAGGUAACUAAACAAUUUCGUUGAUUUGCAAUAUCAAAGGAAACGAAGAAGCAGACAAAGCAGCUCGAAACGCUAUAAGUAACCCCAACUCCGUAACACUUUCUCUUAUGUCGCCAAUAGAUAUUAUCAGGAACGUUGACAAAUACUGUAUGCAAUUAUGGGACUCAGAGUGGCGCCAAGUUACCGAAAACAAAUUAAGGGAAAUCAAGCACUCAGUCGAACCUUGGCCAAAACUCAACUAUUCAAAUCGAAAGGAAGAUGUCAUUAUGAACCGACUCAGAAUUGGUCACACGAGAGCUACUCAUGGGUACCUACUACCUAAUGGAAAAGACCGAACCACCUAUAUGCCGCUCUUGCAACACUUCCUUUACAAUCAAACACAUCCUCAUCCACUGCCAAAUAUUCACGGAAGCUAGAAAAGAAUGCAAAAUACCAGACAAUUUGUAUGAAGCCAUAGGUAUGCUGACAUACAAAAAAUUAUCACUUUUUUAAAAAAAAUUUAAAU